GCACCAGGCACGGCCAGCAAGCUACAACCACCAGGCUACAGACAGACAGCCCACCCUUUCUCUCCCUAUCCACCUAUCCAGACUAUCUGUGCACUACCUCCCCCACGACACUUACUCUACCCUCCAACAUGUGGUCUGACGACGAGAGCUUAACCGCGUGGAGCCCAAGCGACACGAGCUACGACAUGGAGGAUGACAUGAGCGCAUGCUCAUCAGUAUCCAGCGUCGACUGGCUGGACUUGUCUACCUCGACCGCCGGCUCCCAGCCCUCCUCCGCCUUCUCUUCUCCCACCGAGGCUCCCCUCAAGUCAUACCCCAUCCCAAGCCUCCCCAAGGCGCCUGGAGCUUGUAGGGCUGGCUUCGAGCCAGACUGGCACGCUCUGCUUGCCUCCCCUCUCGUGCUCGGCGGAGACUGGGCCGCCGCCCUCGACGCCGUCGGCAUCCCGGACGAGCCCGAAGACCAGCUCGACAGCUGCUACAUCGCCGCCCACAGGAUUCCGGAGUCCCCGACGCCAGAUCAGCCAGAGGCAGCGUCUCAGGGCCUCGGCGCGUCCCGCACAGCCGCAGGAGCUGCCCGUCUCCGCAGCCUGCCCACCAGGCCAGACGUCGUCGUGAUCCACUCCCGGCAGCUAACGGCAGGGGACGGGCCGGUGGAGAUCACGCGGGAGCGGCUGGCAGAGCACUUCCACGAGAGCCUCGAGGUCGCGGCGGCCAAGAUCGGCAUCGGCAAGUCGACGAUGAAGCUGGUGUGCAGGCGGCUGGGAGUAGGGCACUGGCCGUACAAGCACCAGGGGAAGCGGGGGAGCAAGGGAGGGAGCCGGAGGGAGGUGUACAGCAGCGAUUGAGGGAGGGCCGAGGGAUGCAUGUAGGAUAACGGGAGCAUGAUGUUAUUGGAUGUACUUGAAUAAACGACUAUGUCUGC